AUGCCCGUGUUCCAGCCGGCAAACCAGAUCAAACUCACCAACGUCUCCAUCGUGCGCCUGCGCAAGGGCGGCAAGCGCUUCGAGAUCGCAUGCUACAAGAACAAAGUGCGCGAGUGGCGCACGGGCGUCGAGACCGACCUGGACGAGGUGGUGCAGAUCGAAAACGUCUUUCUCAACGUCUCAAAGGGACAAGUGGCGCCCUCGGAUGACCUUCAAAAGGCGUUUGGCACUACGGACACCGCCAAGAUCCUCCAAGAGAUCCUCAAGAAGGGCGAGCUGCAGGUGGGCGAGAAGGAGCGACAGCACGAGCUCGCCAACACCUGGAGGGACAUUGCGACGCAGGUGGCGGAAAAGUGCGUUGACCCUGGAAGCCAGAGGCCGUAUACGGUGGGCAUGAUCGAAAAGGCGAUGCACGACGUCCACUACUCGGUCAAGACGGGCCGAAGCGCCAAGCAGCAGGCGCUCGACGUGAUUCGGCUGCUGCAGGAGAAGAAGACCAUGCCGAUCGAGCGUGCACGCAUGCGCAUCCGCAUCACCAUGCCCGCCAAGGACGGAAAGAAGCUCAAGCCCAAGAUCGUCGCGCUCACCCACGCCAUCGACGACGAGGACUGGGCCGAGGAUUGGGAGCUUGUGGCGUUUAUCGACCCGGGCGCGCUCAAGGCCAUCAACGAGCUCGUCGAAGCCGAGAUCAAGGGCCGCGCCAACGUAGAGACGCUCAACUUUACCACGAUCCGCGAGGGCGAUGGCGACGAGAGGUUAGAGUGA